CCGCCUAGUCUCCCCGGGCUCGGGCUCGGCUCAGACUCCGCUCUGCUCUUCUCUUCUGCAGCCCUCGCUCUCCCUGCCCGCAGCAGCUCCUCCUCGGCUGCGCGGCGGCGGCCCGCUCGGCAUCUGCAAGCGACCACACACAGUCGGCGGCGGCGGCGGCGGCGGCAGCAGCAGCAGCGGGCGAGGAUGAAGUGCAAGCCGAACCAGACGCGGACCUACGACCCCGAGGGCUUCAAGAAGCGCGCCGCGUGCCUGUGCUUCCGCAGCGAGCGCGAAGACGAGGUGCUCCUGGUGAGCAGCAGCCGCUACCCCGACCGCUGGAUCGUGCCCGGCGGGGGCAUGGAGCCCGAGGAGGAGCCGGACGGCGCGGCGGUGCGCGAGGUGUACGAGGAGGCGGGAGUCAAGGGGAAGUUGGGCCGGCUGCUUGGUGUCUUCGAGCAGAACCAGGACCGCAAGCACCGGACCUACGUGUUCGUGCUCACCGUCACCGAGCUGCUGGAGGAUUGGGAAGACUCGGUCAGCAUCGGCAGGAAGCGAGAGUGGUUCAAGAUCGAAGAUGCCAUCAAGGUCCUCCAGUGCCACAAGCCCGUGCAUGCCGAGUACCUGGAGAAACUGAAGCUGGGCGGCUCCCCGACUAAUGGAAACUCGGCCGCCCCGUCCCUGCCGGAGAGCGAGCCCUAGUGAAUGGAAUAAAUGUUGUUCAGAUUUACUUUGAAAGAAUCAAGUAUGUGACCCCAAUGAUGAAUGGAAUUGUGAAGCACAGGUGAGCUCUUUGACAUCCCCAAGGACACAGCUCACCCUAUGCUUUUGGACGCUGCUUUCCUGUUAUUAACAAUGGCUAGACUUCAGGUUGUUGCACUACCACUGUAUCUGUACAGAAGUCUAUUUGGCACCUGUGGCCUUUUUGUGCUUUUGUCUGUAUUUCCCCAUCAGAUAUGACCUUGAAUGCAAAGAACUUGCUUUCUUAGUCUUUUUAUAUCUAGCAUACAUUACUUGAUAUAUGGUAGGCGUCACUGAAUAUUUGUUUAAUAUUUUGUAAUGAUAACGAAUGGUAAAACAUCCCUCUUCUAAUCUCUCUAGCAUAUAUGUGGCUUUUGUAUAUCAGAUGUCUCCCAACUAUUUCAAGGCAGCUGUAAGAUAGUAGCAAAGAUUCAUAUUCAUAUGUCUGUGUUAUCCCAGACAUUAUGUACCUCCUACAUUUGCCAAAAUUUUGAACCUAAAUUUAACUGUGCCUCUAGACAUAAUUUCUCCUCUGUAGAAACUUCAGGAGACAGAGAAACAGUUUACUGUAUAUCAAACAGAUGAGAUUCAUAGAAUCCUGACUUCAAGAAAACACAGGACAGAUGAUCCAGUUUCUUCAGUAUAUAAGUCACAAGGAUGAAAGGAAAGGGUGGUGGUUAAACCUGUGCAUUGAAAAAAGGCUUCAGAGAGUGAUCAAUACUUGCAUGGAUCUUAUUUGGAUCCUGAUUUGAUCAAACUGUAAGAUGAAUGAGUUUAUCAGACAACUAGAAUAUUUUGAGCAUUGGCUAGAUAUUUUCACGUUCAUUAUUAUAAUACUGUUGUUAUAUUGGAGAAAAUAAUUCUUAUCUGCAUUCAUAUAUUUACAGUUGAAAUGAUAUAAUGUCUGGGAUUUGCUUCAAAAUGUAUCUAGAUAUUAAACACACUUGACAUACUCAAACAAGAUUGGCCUUCAAGAUGGUUGAAGCUGAAUGAUGAUUAAAUGAUGUUCAUUAUAUAUGUUCAUCUCUGCUUUUGUAUGUUUGACAUUUUCCAUAAUAAAAAAAGUUAAUCAAAAA